AUGUCGUUCAAGAGGAAGUCGUCUUAUGAAGAACAAAUUAUCAAAGAAAAGCGCCACGAGCACCUCAGAGAUUUCUUCAAAAGAACAAAGAUGGGCCUCUUUGGACCGCCGAAACAGUACAAAACGCAUCCGGAUGGUGGGUCGCAAGCUUGGAUAGUUGUUGGCGGCGUUUUCAUUGCUUAUGGACUGGCUUUUGGAUUGUUGAGGGUUUUCAGUCUGCUACUAAAUCCGAUUCGAGCGUAUUAUGGCGUUUCUAGCACAGUCGCGAUGCUGGCACCUGGACUGGGAAUGCUAGGAUAUUCCAUUGGCGGUCUUGCUGGAGGAGCUGUCUUAGGAAUUAUUGGCUAUCGCGAAGGAUCGAUGAUCUUUGGCGUCGUCUGUACUCUUGCUUUCUUUAUCUGUGGACUGGUGAAUAGUAUCACGAUCGUCUUGGCAUGCAUCUUCGUCGCUCUUUUUGCGCUCGGAGUGGUGUAUCUUGCCGCGCCGGGUAUCAUUGGAAGAUAUUUUUUGGAGAAGAAGACUUUUGCUAAUCAGCUUUCGGCCUGCGGAGUCUCUGUCAUGCAAUUUGCCCUUGGCGCUCUUCUACCGAUUCUCGUCAAGGAAUACUCCAUCCGCGGCUGCUUCGUCGUAAUCGCUGGAAUCAUCUUCAACAUCGUCGCCGCCAGUGCUCUCUACCGACCAACAAUCAUCAGCAGCGAAGAAGACAAAAAGAUCGAAGAGGAAAAUCAGAAACUCGAAAACAACGAGGAGAAUGAAUCUGCCCCUGCCGUCGAUUUCAGCUUUUUCAGCCAUCCGGCUUUUUUGCUCUUCUUUUUCUCCCAAGGAAUUUUCUUUGCAGGAUACAUGGGCUGUCUGCUCCUCGUUGUUCCCUUCGCCGAAUCUGAGCUAGGAGUUACCUCUAGUACCUCAGCCAUGAUUGUGAUGGCGAUGGGCGUUGCUGAACUUCUCUUCCGUAUUCCUUUCGGCUGGCUUGGCGACUGGGAGAAAAUCAACAGAACUCAUCUUCUUGGAGGAACUUUCCUGGCGCUUGGGGUGAUUUUCUUAGGCUUCCCGAUGUGCUCCAAUUUUACGUUUUUGCUUGUUCUUUCGGCACUUUCGGGCAUCUUCCAGGGCGGAUUUGGAGGAUUGAGCUUUGUUGUUCUUGAUGAUAUUAUGGUCGCGAUCGGGAAGCCAGGUGCGUUUAUGAUCGCCCUUGGGUUAUCAACUGGAUUCAAUGGAAUUCUCGGUGUCAUCGCCCCCGUAACAUUUGGGUCAAUUAACGAUGCAGUCGGAAACAUGACUCUUUCAUUAUGGAUUGCCGCAAUCAUGGUCGUCGUCUCUGCGCUGAUGACAUUCGCCAUCGUCGCUUUUACACCCAAAUCGCUUUCUUCAAAAUUUCCGAAAAUUCCCGACCCAGACUUUUCAAGCCGAGAAGAAGUCGCCUUCAUCGAAACGAAAAAUAAUUAA